AUGGCUCCGCCGGCGUGGAUCAUCCUCGGCGCCGAGACGCGCGUGUCGGAGCACCAGGACGCGGACCUCUCCCUCGAGCUCGCCGCGCCGCCGCGCGUCUCCGUCCUCACCGUGCCCCGGCGCGUGUCCCCCGUCCAGGCCGACCCCACCAGCGGCGCCUGCCCCUGGGUGGUCACCGCGGACCCUGCCGCCGGCCUCCUCCUCCUCCGCGCCCCGCCAGCCCCUCCCACUCACUCUCUAACUCCCCCGCCGACCCUCCGCAACGGCGUGCUGGUCCCCGCUGUCACCUACAUCACGCGCCACCCGCCGACCUACUUCGUCUGCGACGUCGCCUCCGCCACCGCCUUCCGCCUCCCGCAACCCGGCCGCGACCCUAGCGGGCUACCUCCGGAGAUCAACGCGCUGAACCUCGGCGUCCUCGCUGCCCCCGGAGCCGGAGGCGGCGCCCUGCGCUACAUGGUCGUCGAGUUCCGCUACAUGUUUGCAGACGAACACGCUACGCUCCUCUGCUUCUCGUCCGACACCGGCGAGUGGGUGUCGAAGCCGGUCCACAACCCCCUGGGGCGCUGGAUUUGGGGCAGAGACGGCGUCGUCGCCCACGACGGCAAGCUCUGGUGGGUGGAUCUCGCCGGGGGGCUCAUCUUCUGCAACCCCUUCGCGGAUGCGCCGGUGCUGGACAUCAUCCCGCUCCCAGAAAGCGACUGCCAUCUGCCUCGUGCCUCGUGCGCCCACUGCGCCGGGAGAUCGGUGGCCCACCGCCGGUUCGUGCAGGUGAGCGCUGGCAAGUUCCGUUGCGUGGAGUGGAACUCUCGCAGCAACGACGAGGCUCCCAUGACGGUCAGCAUGUGGACGCUGAGUGAUCCGGAGGCCAAGGAGUGGGUGCUGGAGUACAAGGUGAGCUUUCAGGAGAUCUGGGCCGACGACAGCUACAAGGCUGCCGGCCUGACGGAGAAGAACCCCACGUUCGCGCUCGUCCACCCCAUGAAUCCGGACGUGCUCUACUUCUUCCUGGAGGAGCACCUCUUCGGCGUGGACCUGCGCGCCAAGAGGGUUGUGGAGUGCGGCGUGUACGAGAUGGUGGUGCCACCGUCAGGGAAGCCCCCCAACUGUUUCUCCGUCCGCGCAUUGGAGCUGCCGAUCGCGCUUUCCCCAGUUGCUGUUUAUGCAGGUUUGCUUCCAUCUGAUGUUGGCAGCGGUUCCAACGGCGAGGAGUCUACCCCAUGGGCGUCAUCUGUUUCCUUGGGAGGAAGCGCUGAGUCUGCAGAUCGAGUUUGA